GCACAACACCAGGAUGAUCCAGAUGGCAUCCGAAGGAAUGCUGACAUUGUCUUCCGCGCAGGCACGGAGCAAGCUGCAAUCGUGCGUGACGGUUACAAGCGCCGUCGGAGUUGCUGCAAAGUCUUCUGCCGCCAGACUACCUGCCUGGUGCGGUGUCUCGAAGAGACCGUGCGAUGGCUGAUGUGCUUCCAG